CCCAGCGGCCUGAGCCCGCUGGAGGCGCUGGGAGCCGCCGCGCCGGCCUCAGAGCGGGGCCCCGUUACCCGCCCGGGCAUGAGGCGGGUACGGGGCCGCUCUCAACCGCCUCUGCGGGGAGAAGAUGAAUAUCUGCAAUAAACCUCCUAAUAAGACAGCUCCAGAGAAUUUGGGUGAAGCUGUUCCUGAGGUGCAGGUCCAACGCGCUCGAAGGAAUGGCUGGAGCUGGCCUCUGCACCUUUUCCAGAUUACUGCCUGGUUGCUGUACCUCUUCUUUGCACUGGUUGGCUUUGGAAUCCUGGUUCCUCUCCUGCCCCGCCACUGGCUGCCUGCUGGCUAUAUCUGUCCAGGAGUGUGUUUUAUCUACCAUUUAGUUGUUCAUCUUACUGCAGUCUCCAUUGAUCCUGCGGAUGCAAAUGUGCGAGAAAAAAACUAUUUAGGGCCUCUGGCCACCUUCAAUCGUAAUCAACAUGCACAUGUCAUUGAAAACCAUCAUUGCCAUGUCUGUGAUGUAGAUGUGGGUGCCAAGUCAAAGCACUGUGGAACUUGCAACAAGUGUGUGUGUGGCUUUGAUCACCACUGCAAAUGGCUCAACAACUGUGUAGGAGAGAGAAAUUACUGGCUCUUUUUGAAUAGCGUGCUGUCUGCCAUUCUGGGCCUUGGGCUUCUGCUGCUGGUUGCUUGCUACAUCUUUGUGGAGUUCUUCAUCGACCCCACGAUGCUUCGCUCCGACCAGCACUUCAAUGCUCUAGAGAACCACACAGACCGCUGGUUUGUGUUUCUUCCUGCGGCUCCUGUUGAGACUCGGGCAUCUGCCAUUUUGGUCACAGCUGGGAUUUUUAUUCUUCUGAGCCUACUGACCGUGAUCCUGCUAGGCCACCUCUUGACCUUUCACAUCUAUCUUAUGUGGAACAAAUUGACUACGUACGAGUAUAUCCUGCAGCAGCGUCCCCAGCAAGAGGUGAAAGAGGUAGACAAGCAACUGGAGUCUUGUCCCUCUCCAGUGAGACCCAGUCAGGAAGCAGAAGUUUUUUCAGGGAACCCUGGCUAUACAGACCCUGGUAUUCAAGUAGAGGAAUUCUCAACAGUAACUUCAGGAAAAGGCUUUUCAAAGCUCUAUGUCCGCAAUGACGAAGCUGACCCUGAGCAGAGCUCCUCUCCUGACCUCCCAUCUCUUCACUUUGCAGUCCCUUCUCAGGUAAGCAGGAGAUCUCUGCUGCUGACAGUUCACCACGGUGCAUGGGUGCACGCUCACUCUAGUGCAGACUCUGCUCACCCCCUUCCUGUCCUCGGCGUGUACCUGCAGCAACAGAAAAAAAGAAGAAAGAAGACGCAUAAAGCUUCUUCCUCAGCAAUGGAGAGCAGGUCUAAACCACACCCUAGACCUUGGCCCUCUUUCCCAGACCCCCAAUCAGACUUCUCAGCCACGGCUGCUGCCACCUCAUCUUCCCACAGCCUUCGUCUCUCAGUGCCAGCUUUUCCUCUGAGAGCUGCUGUGCCCCCCGGCAGCAUCGGCCCCAUCCAGGCAGCGGGUCCCCCAGCUGACUAUCACUCAGAGUCCGCCGAGUCCAUGGAUGAGAUUCCUGUCACUCAGACUCGCCUUGGGAGCACGGCCCUUCGUGGGCCUCCUAAGAAUAACUCCAGCAACUCUCAACACUAUCCCUUGUCCACAGACAAUCCCAGAGAUAACAGGAAGAAGAAUCUUUAUUCUGGGCACAAGGUAAAAAGAAAAAGCUGCCAGCAAGACAGAUGUGUGGAACGAGACCUGGAACUUUUUUCUAAGAUUCCUGCUGUGUUUGUAAGUAAGAGCAGCGGAGAACCUCAUGUCUCUCAGCCCCAGCUCAGAGAGAGCACAUCCGAGCCACACCACAGAAAAUGCACCAGCAAGCAGCAUGUGGGCAGACAUGAUCCAUGCUUUAAGGACCUAAGGACAAACACCACAGUGGCCUAGUGAUCAGCUUUCCAAAGCCAUAGCCUCUGGGGACAAGGCAAGAGGUUCUCUUUAUAUUUGUAUGUUGUGUUCAAAGAUCCUGACUCCAGUGGCUUGUCUUUUUCCCUGGAGGUAGCAGUGUCACCUUUACCUGAUGCAGUCCAUCUUCCAGCAGAACCAGCUGAGAGGCAGUAAAAACCCUGCUGCAUCAUUGUUUCUGUCUCUUGCUAAGCCAGGAGUGCCCCUGCACCCAGUUCCAUUCUCCUUGUCAAGGAGGAACAGUUUUCCCUAAGAGGGAUGUGCCCAGGGCCGCUGCUGGUUAAGGACUGCAGUGUUAGGACUGUGGAGUGCUGAGGGGGCUCAUCCCUGCACUGUGUGCUUGCUGUCAGACUGCAGUGAGACAUUUCUUGCUACCCAACCAAAGGGAGGUGACAAUAAUGGCAAACCUGAGGUAGGCAUGUUGCUAGAGAACACUCGAGUGCUUUCUAUAGGAAAGGGCUGUACCUUCCUGGCCGCCUGCACAUCAGUACUGCAGUAACUUUCUGGGAGAGCCUGUGGGGAAGAACAAGGCUGUGUCUCUGCUGUUCCCUGCACCCUGAAAACUAAAUUUCCCAUCUGCCUACAUCCUGUCAGUCUUUGAAUCAUGCCCAGGGGCUUCAGCAGGUGGUCAGGGAGUAACCUCAGGAUUGCCCUGUCCCUGUAGAGCUUCCCACUGUGCACUCUCAAGCCAAGUCCACCACCAGCCUGUACUCUGUAAGGCGGCAUAGUUUGACCUGCUCCUCCUUCACAGCAGCCUGGGGUGCCCCCAGCACAGCUUUCCCAUCAGGAGCGCUGGGAUGCAGCAUGUCCUGAAACCUUUCCAUUCCCUGGGUUGCCAGAUCCACAUUAGUCCACAGCACAGUCUCCUGAGAGCAGAAAAAUCCUGUAGUAGACACUGGGGCACAUAGCCAGUGCCUGGUGUCACAGCACCCUGCGCUGGUGGUGAGGGGCAGAGAGCUGUCUGGGCCGCCGUGUUGCAGCGCCUCACCUUUCCCUGCCCUCGGGGAUGAUCCAGAUUCCUGUCUGAGCGCUGAGGCCGGGGCUGCCAGCCAGCCCAGAUCUGCCUAGCAGCCAGCUAACCUCAGAGCCCAGGAUAGGAGCCACACACACGUCCUGACAGGCCUCGCCACCAACGCGGACGUCCCUGACACCAUUUGUCACUUGGCAGUCGUGGCACCUGCGCAGCCACUGCCUCCCCGGUGUGGCCGGUGCCCUGAGCAGUGGCGCCUGCCUUGGCCCCUCGCACCUUUUUGGGACAGGUCCCUGACACUGCACACUGCUGGUGUGCAGAGGAGAGGAAGCCUGGGAAGUCUUUAUCCCCCUACCAGAUGUUUUGAUGUAUAGAAACCAGAACCAACCCUUUCUCCAGACUACGGUGGGUGCAGGUUAGGGGAGGACAAGACAAAGCGGGGUACUGUGUGGGUCAAGCUAAGCUGUUGCUACCCUUGCCUAUCUCAGACUAGGAGCGUUCAUUAGGAAUGGUUCAGGACAGGACAGGACAAAUGCCCCCUGGGCACGGCCAGCAUGGGGCAGGCGGGCUGGACUCCCAGGUUUGAUGUGCACACUUCCCAGCCUGGCUGUUGCCCGUCAUCUCAACACUCACUGGCUUCUGUGCUGCUCUGAGGUCCAUGCAAAGUCCACUUCCCCUGGAGCUUUAGGCCCAGACAGAUUUCCUUAUGGAGAGCUCAUGUCAACAGAAAGGCAGGAGGGUGGCUGCUGUAUGUUGAAAGCCUCAGCCCAUUCCAGGAGCACCCCUGAGUGCUGGUAGCUGGCCCAGCUCCCUCAGCAAACACACCAGCACUGUCACCUGGCCAACACCACGCUGUGUGGGGCUCAUGCAGUGGAUAUUUCAAGUAGCUCUUGCCUUCAGGGAGAAGAAAAAGUGCUGUGGCUGCUCCUGAAAAUACAUGAUCCUUGCAGAGAUGAAGUUGGAGCCCUCCCUUUGCUGAAUGGUUUAUGGGGUAAGUGUGGCUCAGAGCCAGGACCAUCCAGGCCAAGCCCUCCCUGGGAUAGUCCUUGGGAAAUUCUGACAAGGCAGGGUAGAGACAAUCGCUGACCCUGGACUUCUUUAAAGGGCUCUCUUACCAUCCUUUUCUGUUGUCUGAUUUUCGACUCGACGGAGCUGGAAUGAGGAGCCUUGACUCUUCAUCAGAUUACAUGAGCCAUUGAUCUGCAGAAGUGAAGUCUCCUGUUGAGGUCAUUGUCUCGAUUUGCAGGAAGGGUUGGCCUGUGGUCACACUCCUUGCAGCUUCCCUUGCUGCUGUGGCCAGUGGUACCCGCUGGCAGUGUGACCCUUUGGAAAAGGGUCCAGCCCUUGUGGGCCAGCAGAUGUGGCACCACUUGUCUGCAGAGACUAGGGCAUCUGCUCGCUGAUGGAUCCCACUUAGACAAAAUCUGUCCAGUUGUUUUUCCUCACAUCUGCUGUCAUCCGAGGAAACUACACCCUGCAGUCAUGCUGGACUCGGGGUUUUCACCAGCCAGCUGUGCCUCUACCAAGCAGCCACUGGUAAAUUCUCUCCAGUCCCUCAUGUGUUUUCUUACCCUUUGUCCAUGCAGAACCAGUCCCAAAGUCAGAUAUGGAGCUCUUUAGUAGCUCUAUCCACAAUAAAAUUUUCUACGCCCUUUGCUAAA